AUGACACCGCUCAGGAUUGAAUCUUGGGUUUGGUUCUCGGUUGUGAUGGCAGUGGCAACAGCAAGAUUUGUUUCACGAUGGAUGACUCUGCGGUCCGUUCGCAGGUAUCAGGCCGACGACUAUGUCAUGAUCUUGGUCCUAUGCUUCUACACAACAUUCCUGGUUACCAUCAACAUCGUCGCAAAUACCUCGUCGAACCUGUUUCCGCCGGGCUUCGAUAUCUCUACGCUUACGGCAGCCGACAAAGCCACACGGGAAUACGGCAGCAAAUUGAUCCUGGUAGUGGAGGAAUGUCAAAUCGUCUCAAUCUGGGGAGCUAAGGCAUGUCUCCUGAUUCUCUAUCUGAGGCUGACCACACUCCGAUGGCAGCAUAUCGCCAUCCAGGUCCUCGCAGCAUACGUCGGCAUAGCCUUUGUGGUUAUGGAGAUCCUUUACCUGGGAGUCUGGUGCCGACCUUUCCACGAAUAUUGGGCCGUCCCGACUGACAGUAGUCAAUGCAAUGCUGCCACGAACCAUCUGAUCACCAACGCGACCUUCAACCUGAGUUCAGACCUCAUAAUGUUGGCUGUUGCUCUUCCCAUUUUCUUGAGGAUGCACCUACCCUGGCGAAAGAAGAUACCCGUGGUCGGCGUCUUCUCCCUCGGUAUCUUUGUUGUCCUUGCAGCUAUCCUGAACAAAGUCUACUCCUUCUCUGAUCCUUUUGGCUCCUUAUGGACUUAUUGGUACGUGAGGGAAAGCUCAACAGCCAUCCUGGUUGCGAAUCUCCCUUUCGUCUGGAAAUUGAUA